AAUAAUCACAUACACAUACAUCUUAGCUUAAACCUAAAAUUGAACUUCAUCAAUUUACUUCACUUCCAAGCCAUGGAAUCUUCUCUUAUUAGCUCUCUACUAUUUUGGUAUCUCCUUCUCUUACUUGUUGGAUUCAUCACCCCAUUUCUCAAAUUCCUCAAACACCAAAUAACUUCAAAACGCAAACAAACUACAUUACUUCCUCCGGGACCAAAACCAUGGCCUAUAAUUGGUAACCUACCUGAAAUGCUAGCAAACAAACCAACAUCUAGAUGGAUACAUAAGAUCAUGAGUGAUCUAAACACCGAAAUCGCAUGCAUUCGUCUAGGUAACAUUCAUGUUAUUCCCAUCACUAGUCCUGAAAUUGCUCGCGAAUUAUUGACAAAACAAGAUUCAAUUUUCGCGUCGAGGCCUAUGAAUUGGUCUAGUGAACAUGUCUCAAGUGGGUUCUUGAGUACAAUAGCAGCUCCCUAUGGAGAACAAUGGAAGAAAAUGAAGAGAGUUAUGGCCAAUGAAUUGGUGUCUCCAAGAAAACUUCAAUGGCUACAAGACAAGAGGGUGGAGGAAGCCGACAACAUCGUCCUCUAUGUUUACAAUCAAUGCAACAAGAAUGGUGGCGGUCUUGUGGAUGCGAGGAUUGUGGCACGACAUUAUUGUGGCAACAUUAUUAGAAGGUUGGUAUUCAAUUCAAGGCACUUUGGUAAAGGAAGGGAAGAUGGAGGACCCGGAUUUGAGGAGGUGGAACAUAUUGAUGCAAUUUUCACUGUUUUGAGAUACCUCUUUGCAUUCUCUAUCUCUGAUUAUGUUGCAUGCUUGAGAGAGCUUGACUUGGGGAAAAGAACAUGUGAAGAGGACUUGCUUGAUGUUCUAAUCUCAUUGAAAGAUGCAAAUGAUAAUCCACUUUUGACUGUUGAUGAAAUUAAGUGUCAAAUUAUGGAUAUGAUGAUUGCAACCGUGGACAAUCCAUCGAAUGCCUUUGAAUGGGGACUCGCCGAGAUGCUAAAUCAGCCGGAGACGCUCCGAAAGGCGGUGGAGGAGUUAGAUACCGUGGUUGGCAAGGAAAGACAAGUGCAAGAAUCAGACAUUCCAAAACUCAAUUACAUAAAAGCAUGUGCAAGAGAAGUGUUUCGCCUUCAUCCCAUUGAUGAUAUCAACGCUACCCAUGUUUCCAUGGAAGACACAUUUGUUGCCAACAACACAUACUUCAUUCCAAAGGGUAGCCACAUUGUUCUAAGACGGCAAGGAAUCGGACAAAAUCCAAGAAUAUGGGAAGAACCCUUGAAGUUUAAACCCGAACGCCAUUUAGAAAAAGAUAACAAUAAUAUUGACGGGUUUAAGAAUUUGAGUUUAAAUGAGCCGAGUUUGAAGUUGAUUACGUUUAGCACUGGAAGACGGGGAUGUCCCGGAAUCAAUCUUGGUUCUACCAUGACAGUUAUGUUGUUUGCUAGGAUGUUGCAUGGCUUCAAUUGGAGUGUGCCACCCAAUGAGACAACCAUUGACCUCUCCGAAAGAGAAGAAGGUACCAUAAAAGCAAAGCCACUCAUGGCAUUUGCAACGCCGCGGUUGCCGGCGGAGGUUUAUGGAGUUUCUACUUAAGCUAUUAUUAUGGAAAUGUUCGAUCGGUAAUAAAAACAAUUAGCCAAAAUCAAGUUUGAUUUAAGGUGAAAAUUCAGGUGGAAUCGACUACGUGAAAUUGAUAGUUGAGAGCUGUUAAAUAGUUUGACUGAUUUGACUAAAUUUUCAUCUAACGACUCUUAACUAUCAACUUCACAUGAAUCGACUGCACCUGAGUUUCCUCCUAGAUUUUGUUUUAUUUAAUAUUUAUUAAUUAUUAUUAAAAUUAAUAAAUAUUAAAUAAAAUAAGUUUGGGCUAUUUUUUUGUUUUUUUUUUUAGUAUUAUUGAUAUAAAUAUUUGAUUAAGUAAUUAAGACAGUAAUAAUAUAUAAAACAUUUGUUAAACUAGUUUUAGGGGGUGAAAUCAUGUGCUCCCAAAAUAGAUGAUAAAUUAUAGUUUCUAUUUUAAAGGUAUGUAAUUUUUUAUGAAA